CGUCACUUGUCUCUGUUUACCACGUUCUAUGAUUUCUGUUGUUUAGUUUGGGCUUUCAUUGUAAAACUAUGAACAGGUUACAAAGACUUGAAGAUUCGCUGAUGGAAAUGUCCAUUUGUGACAUUUCAGAUACAACUCUAGACGACGACAGUCUUCUUGUUGUUUAUGAAGGCCCAGUAAAGAAAAAUGUUAUAGAUGUCAUUGACUUAUGCGAAAGCGUGGACGAAGGCAGUGGUGCGACUGACAGUGGGAUCGGCAUGGGUGUGUCCGGGAGCUCCAUGGUGGACAGCGAUACUAGCAUGUCAACACCGUCUGCUCGCGUCUCAGUGCUGCCCUCUACCCUGCCAACCCCUCACCCUCAGCUGUCAAUGCCUGCCCCUUCACUCCCAACGCUACCAACGCUACCAACGCUACCAACGCUACCAACCAACCAAUCAACACCGGCCACAGACUUUCAUUCAAUCGCUGCUAGAGGGCCGGUGUUGCGGAAUCCAUAUGAAUGCAGUUGGUUGCCACCUCCUCCUAGGUUUACCAGCAAUGACUUCGGUACACAUAAGUCCCAGCAGGAUAGACACCAGCAAAUGUACAAAGGAGCAUCAAGGAUGUGUCUAAGGAGUGGCCAGCAGAACUGGUCAAGCUAUCGCGACACACUACCUCAAGACCUGCUUGGAAAAAAGCACGUUUCGCUCGGCAUGCCACGGAGGCCGCGCGCUCCGUACAGGCGUCUGCUGGAGCAGCGGCGGGGGCCGGACUUUGCUGCCGCACCGUUGCGCACUGUCAUCCAGCCAUCAUCGUCGUCGCCGUCGUCGUCGUCUCUACGAAAGUCUCCUGUCCGAUCGCCGCCCGCAGUGGUGGCGCCACCGCUCAUGCAGCAGGUCGUGACCUUCAAUCCGAACAUCAACGUCGCGAUGGACUUCACGUCGAGGCUCGAGCGAUCAGUGCGCUUCACGGCCAAGCGCAAGGACCCACUGGACGACAUCAAGUUUGACAACGUGCUGAUGAUUGUUUUUGUUGACCUGGACAACUGGCCGAAAUUCUUCCACACGUUGGACCGUCCUCUGCCGUCGACGUGCUUCGUGUACGGGUUUUUCGGCGGCGGCCAGAUCUGGAGAGAGCCGAAACACGUUCCGAUGUUCGAGGUUCACAAGGACAGCGGAAUGUUCCUGCUACACGAGAAAUGUAGCAACAGGAAGGACGCGGCGGACUUCGCUAUCUGCACGUCGGCGGGCCGUAUCGACCGCGUCGUCUGCACGAACGUCCCGUUCGUCAUCGUUAGCGGUGACAACGGUUUCCUGGAGGUGGAGAGCCUCGCGCGACACUGGAAGCGCGACGUCACCGUCGUCAACCCGCACACGCUGCGACGCGAGCGACAGUCGCUCUCUGCUCACAUCGAGCGACUCAUGCCGCCGCCCGUCAUCCUGCUGUAGUCGGUGGCGGCAACCGUCGCCGCGGCAACCGUCGCUAGGAGGGACUGUCGUCGUCGUGUUGUAGUUGGCGGCGACCGUUGUUAGGAGUGGCUGUCGUCGUGCUGUAGUCGACAGCAACUGUCGCCACAACAACGGUUGCUAGUGGAGCCCGUUGUGCUGUGCUGCGCCGUGACAGUCACUAGGGAAGGCGGCCAUUGCUGUGUCAAUUGUCGCUAGCCAUCGCGAGAGGCGAUCAUCACGAGUCACUCCCAUCUCUGUACUGUAAUCCCGGAUGGGUCGCCAUGACGACUAUCGCCAGGUGCGCCUGUUGUCUUGGCGACCAUCGCCGGGUGCGCUUGUCGCCAGGCCGACAUGCGGCGAAUUCCUGUUUUGAUCUUGGGGAGGGUCCGUAACGAUUGAUGAGGUGUGUCGACAGAUAAACCCCUCCCCAACUGUCGAGCCCGGUUGUUUCGUUUGUUGCGAAUGUUGCAAGUCCUCAGGGUGGUAUGACCCAGUAUUGACAACCGAGUAAAACUCCUAGUUUGAUAUUUUGCCCAGUAGGUGGCAGCUGUGAUGCGAGUGUAUGUAUGCGUGAGUGGUUAUAGUUAUGUGUGUGAGUGAAUGCGUGUCGCGUCGGAGGCAAGAUUGCUCAACUUUUAUCUAGUUGGCGUAUUCUGUGUGCGAGUUUGAGAAUUGCGUGCAGACGAAACGUCUAUCGAACAGAAGCAAUCGCCUUUCAACUGUGAAAUAUAGUCAAGUAAUAUACCAGUCAUGAGUCGAGUUGCAUUCCGCUCAAUAGAUAGUUGAGAAAUAUACCAUUGAAAGUAGGUAAGUAGGGAGACAAUCGUACUUGUAGUUUUUUUGUAACCAUGUUCUAGAGUGUUAGUGUGUUCGUUUUGUAUAUUAGUAUAUGUGCAUCGGUUUGAUCGUUGUGCCUUUGUAUUCGUCACUCUGGAAAACGUGGUACGAUAAUCUGAAUCUUAUUUUUCUACGAUUGCAUUUCGAUCUUUCCGGAUAGUUGAUCUUCGUGACACUAAAAAAAAGAGCAGCCAAGUGUGUUCUGUGAAGCUCCAGUUUCGUGAUAAGUGGCGCCACCUGAUGUGGAAAAGGCUUUGUUUUAUUUAAAUUUUUUUAGUUCGUUUGCACCGAUAUUGGAUACGGUAGGUGUAAUUCCAUGAAGGUUUCAGCACUGCAUUUGUUUGUCUCGGUGAAGUAUGAAGUGACUCUAAGCCAGUCUGUCGAAUAUGAAAUAAAGUGAUUAACAGAUACAUUCCGCACACGUAUUUAGUUUUUGCAUAACUCUGUUUCCGAAUAUUGCUCAUUUUUUUAUUGUCGGUGCGUGUCCUGUGCAUGUAAUUAAUGAACACUGUGCACGGAUCAUGACGAUAGUAAACGAAUGGUUGCACCUA